AUGGCCACCGAAUCCAAAAAACGCCUCGCCCUGGCGAUCAUAGACUUCCUUACAAACUGCACCAAGGACGGCACCGUCUCCCCCGAUGACCACGAGUCCCUCGAAGUCGCCUCCCAGUGCAUCCAGGACGCCUUCAAAGUCGAUCCCACCGACCCCGCUGCCCUCGCCGACGCCCUCGGCGGCCAAUCCCUCACAACAAUCUACGGCGUCUUCGAGAAGAUGAAAGCCAAAGCCGCGCCCUCCGCAGCUGCCUCCUCCAGCACCCCCUCUGCAGCCACUCCUAGACCAGCCGGGCCAAGCGACGCCGACAAGGCCGCUGCAGAGGCCCUAAAAACUCAAGGCAACGCAGCAAUGAGCAAAAAGGACUACAAGGCCGCCAUCGACCUCUACACUCAAGCCCUGGCCCUCAACCCGCUGAACCCAAUCUACCUCAGCAACCGCGCAGCCGCAUACUCCAGCUCCGGCAACUACGACGCCGCAAUCGAGGACGCGCAGGUGGCCGUCGACACAGACCCAAAGUACACCAAGGCCUGGUCGCGCCUCGGCCUCGCCCGUUUCGCAAAGGGCGAUGCCCGCGGCAGCAUGGAGGCCUACAAGGCCGGCAUCGACGCCGAGGGCAACGGCGGCUCAGACAUCAUGCGCCGCGGGUACGAGACUGCGAAGCGCCGGGUCGAGGAGGAGGAGGGCGGCUCUGACGACGAGAGUGCGCCUGCUACCAGAGGUGCGGGCGGCGGUGGAAUGCCGGAUUUGGGAGGCUUGGCCAGUUUGCUGGGGGGUGCGGGAGGCGGGGCGGGUGGUGGAGGCAUGCCCGAUUUGAGCUCGAUUAUGAGUAACCCGAUGUUCUCACAGAUGGCCCAGAACCUGAUGAGCAACCCGCAGCUGAUGCAGGGGCUCAUGAAUAACCCGAGAUUGAGGGAUAUGAUGGAGUCUGUUGGCGGCGGUGGUGGUGGUGGUGCGGGUGGUGCGGGCGGCGCGGGGGGAAUGCCGGAUUUGGGGUCGUUGAUGAGUGAUCCUAGUAUUGCCGAGAUGGCAAGAAGCUUCAUGGGCGGUGGUGCCGGCGGCGCUGGACGUGGCGCGGGUGCGGGCUCUACUCCCCCUUAG